CGAAGAAUGGAGGGACAAGAAAACAACCCAUUUCGUGUAAUUCCUUCUGUCCUUUGGUCCAGCUCUACGCUGCCGUGAAAUAUCAUAAAAUGUCUAAUCGGACAAACCCACGAUCGUUAUAAAGAGACCGUUUAGACCUGACGAAUGCUGUGCCUCUGGGGCUGGGGCUUCAUAUUGGUUGGAUGAGUUAAGUGAUAGCCAAUAAAACAACCAUGGCGAUGAGCAAAGAGCAACUUCAUAAUCUGCUCAACACUAUGGAGCUGUGCAACAAGCAAGAUGUCCAGGAUUAUACUUCUGGUCAUCUCAAUGAGUCAAGAAUGCUGCAGAAAAUCCAGCUGACAAACAGAAAGCCUUGGUCCGCAGCUGCCAAGAAACCAAUCGUCAUGCUAGAAAGACAUAACUUUGUGAAAACUACCAAGAGACGUGGUAAGGAAAAAAAGAUGAAUGACGUGCUAUAUGACUUCACAAUGGGGACUUCGGGUGUGCUUCCAGAGGUGGGGCGACAAUCCCCCACCCUCACAACCACCCCUUUCCGGCAGAAGGAGAGCCGCAGCUCCGCGUAUAACUCAGUACACUUUGAAGAUGAUGGGGUAUACAUAGAGGAGCUGAGACCCCAGGAGCUCUUACUGCCCACCCCUAGGUCUCAGAGAAGCACUGUUACACCUUGGGGAGGAAGGGAGAAACGCCUCUCCCCCACCCCCCAGGCCAGUAACUCCAUGAGGCACAUUCCAAGCUCGGAGCACAUUGCUAUCCUGAGCCAUUACUGUGGUCCCACAAAGAGAGACCAGUACCACAAAUUGAAGGACUUCCAGAGUAGUAUUCUAAGAACCCAGGACUCCUCAGAGAAGAGUGUGUUGUCUGGAGUGAAGGCAGUGGAACAUAUACAAGAACAACUGGAACAGGAAUUAUCUAGGUUACAGUUUGAUGGAGUCGGCCCUAAUUUUCAUAAAUUACAAGUUUUUAGUAAUGCGCUGGAAGCGUUGGCAGAAAGUUCUCAGACAUUUAAAUACAUUCUCAAAAGUAUUAAGGCUGAGUAUGACAGCUACAUCAGCCACUUGCUGGACAAGCAGACUUCUCAGCAUCACUUACUACAAGAGCAAGUGGAGAAAAUGACUCUCAGGGGCUUGUCACGCCCACUAGAGCUAGAAAUGGCCAAGGGGAAGCUGUUAGGGCUGGAGGAAAAGGCCAAGAUAGCACUGGAGGAGAAUCAAAGGCUGAGAAGUGAGCUUGAUUAUGAGAUGAGGCUCCAGGAGACGGCGACUACUGAACCAGAAUCUCCCCUGCCCACUGUGAGACGAUCCCAUCAUGAGCCACCCAUGGAGCUGGCCGAGGAAAUAGAACAUGUGAAGGCGGUCAUCCUGGAGAAAAUGGACGAGAUAGCCUCGCUGAAGAGCAAACUGAGGGCAGAGUUUGUCCCCUCCACGGUGUGCACCCAUCUGGAGCAGUGUAUCAAGGAGUCACAGACUGAAGUACAGAAAUUAUUAAAACAGAAUGAAUACUUUGAGAAGAGUAUAUCUGACAUGGAAGAAGAACUGAAGGAUGCCAUAGUGACAGCUGACACUAGUGAGAGAGAUGCCAGACGUAUCUGGAGGAGAGUGAACUCUACACGACCCCUGGGAUCAGCUCGUUCUACCAAGACAGUCACAACAGCCAAGUCUGUCACAGGGAUGCAGUACGAGUCUGAAGAAGAUGAAGAUGAUGAGAGCAAAUGGAACUGGUACAUCUCUUAGUCAGAUCUUACAGCCUCUUCUGCUGACAUUGUCUUAUUGGUUAGUUUUGUCUGAUAGUGAAGUCACCCAGCUACCCUGAUCCAAAUGACGGACUGAAAUAUCAGUACGAAGUUAACUUCAGAAACUAAAAUUAAACUAGGUAGGAGCCUUCAGGGGAAGAAUGGUUCUAGAUUAUUGUAUUGUUCUCCAGUAUUUGUCAAAUCUACAAACAGUUAUGUUUGAAAGCCAAUAUGCUAUAUAAGAGCGGUGAUUGAAAUAUAGUGGCAAAAAUUUUUCAUAAUAAUUUUUUAUCAUAAAUAGUAUGCAUGUAAAGAGACAAACAAAGAAUGUUUGCUCUUUUUACCAAUGGUGGACUGGAAUAUGAUGUUAGAUUUUCUUACCAGAAGUGCUUAUAAAUUAGUACCUGUGAUACAAUAUAUGUAAUGAUAGUUGAACAACAUUUUUAUUCUGUAUUUAUUUUAAUCCGACUAGGCCAGAUAUAUAUAUAGGUAAUAUGUUUCCAUGACAUUAUUUACACAAAAGUAUAAUUUGUUCUGACAUAGUGUAUAUACAUAUUGUUACAGUCUACUUUUAUUCAGUUGAGCUAAAAUACACCACAUCUUUGAGGGGGAAAAGCUCUUUGUAAGAGAGCAUAUGAUAACCAAGACAGGCUUAUUGAUAAGUAAUAUAAUUACUUCAGUCGCAUCGUUAGUGUGUCAGUUGUCCGAAACAGUUAAACAUCAUGUUGUAUUUAACAUGUUUAAAUUAAAUUGAAUCAUAGCUGAUGUAUAACAUGCAGUUCUUGUCAUUUGAAUGUAUUAAAGAUGAGCAUUUCAUUGUCACCAGAAUAAGCUUACUUUGUCAGGUUUAUAUGUACAUCAUUGUGUAUUCUGAUUGUAGUUUCAAUGAAACAGAUAUUUAUGCGAUGUUGAAGUGUGUUUCUACCCAUGGUGUGUGUGUGUGUGUGUGUUUUUUUGUCCCAUGACUUAAAAUUUUUAUGAUUUUUAAUAAAUAAUCCCUUUACUAUUUGUUGUUAGAUAUUACAAUGCCUUAAUUUCUAAAUUUGUGUUAAUAAAGUCACUCACCAAACUUGUGAGAAAUGAAUCUACCUAGAGGACAUUGCACAGUGACGGUUGAAUAUUUUUAACCCACGAGACUUGAAGCUUAUCACUUCCACCUUUUCACGAGAAAAAUAUUUAUGAUAAUCGACCUUCACUGUUCAAUAUUCUGUUUAUUAUUUAUAUUUUGACAAUCUCAUGAUUUUGUGUUUUACGAAAAGGUUUACGCUGUGUUUUUAGCUGUAGACCUUCACAGACUUGUGUACAUAGCGUGACUCCCGCUCAAGACGUCUUGUCUCAUUACGUGACGUAGGAAUGUUAAAGUUGAAUAAACUUGUAUUAUGACGUCAUUUCGCUGAGCUCAGAUUGGAACGUCAGAAAAGAAAAUGUUUUUUUUUUUAAGUCAUGGCGUCUGGGUGUGUAAUAACAAAAGUUAUUAAUCUGACUGAAAUAUCACUUUUAUCAGUGAAGGAAAUCCUGACAUUUCACUUUUAUAUAAAUAACUUAAUUCAACAUGCAUCAAAACAAACAACUCUUUCAGAUGGAAUGAUUUCACUAAAAUAUCAACAUGUUUUUCCCUA